CUGCACUAGUUGCAACGCAGCACGAAACGAAGCAGGUUAAAAAAGUGUCUGUCAAACGAACCUGUCUAGAGCAAAUUUGUGUGAUUUUUGUAGUGUUGCUGUAUGUUUGUAGUAAAAAUUAUAUAAAUUAUGCCGAAGAAUAAAGGAAAAGGAGGUAAAAACAGGAGGAGAGGAAAGAAUGAAAAUGAAACAGAAAAACGUGAGCUGGUCUUCAAGGAAGACGGACAGGAGUACGCCCAAGUCACAAAGAUGCUCGGUAAUGGCCGCCUGGAGGCCAUGUGCUUUGAUGGCAUAAAACGUCUUUGUCAUAUCCGAGGGAAAUUACGAAAAAAAGUUUGGAUAAACCAAGGUGACAUUAUACUAAUAGGUUUGCGAGAUUACCAAGAUGCGAAGGCUGAUGUUAUCUUGAAGUAUACUCCAGAUGAAGCUAGGAAUCUGAAGACGUAUGGAGAAUUCCCAGAGACAGUUCGAAUCAAUGAGACAGUGGUCUAUUCUGUGGAUGGUCUGGAUGAGGACAUUGAAUUUGGAGAUGAGGUCAGUUCAGAAGAUGAAGCUGAUGCGGUAGAUGCUAUAUAAAAAUUAGCACUAAUUAUGUCUAUAGUAAGUCUAUGUAAAUUUGUUUUGCUGUUAUGAAUAAACAUGACUUUGUGAUUUUAUACAUUUAGUUCUCAAAAUUAUUUCACAUACAUACCUACAUUGUGAAUAAAUGUCUAAAUCUUUUAGACACUCAGUAUUUAUCCA